AUGGCGGGCUGGCCUUCUUUGCCUCCAGAGAUACAAGUCAUGGUCUGGGAGAUACUCGCUGAGGAUCCAUCUAUCUUGUCGAGAUAUGCCAGAGUCUCCAAGGACUGGUGUUCAUUCUUUGAGAGAAAGAAUUUCUACGGAUUGACACUGCAUCAAGACUGCCUGAAGGACUUCAGGAACAUUGUUCGCCAGAGAAGGUUUAUCAGACACAUUUGGCUUCGUGUCCGAGUUCGAUUAUAUGGCUGUCCAACCUGCAAGGACUAUGAACACCCUGAUAGAGGGAAGUUGAAUGAAGCCACAAUCCGGGCUGCUAUACAGAAGCUGUUCACUAUACUCAGCAAAUGGAAGAUGGACGAAGACCGCGACAGCAAAGGACUGACUUUGGAAAUCAGUGUCCAUUCAACCAGUGAUACCAGACACCAUUUUCAAUAUCUUGAUUUCGACAGCAAGGCGUAUUCAAAUCCAUUAUAUCUGCACGAGACAGAGGGACCCCACGAUCCAUUCCACGGCUGGCACAAUGGGCAGAGAAAGACUGUCCCUACAAGCAAGGAAAUCAUGCGUCUCUUUGGACGUUAUAUCAACCUCAAAUAUGGACAGGCGCUUCCAAAAGUCGAUGUUGUCACAUCAUUCCUCAUACGUCGCCAAAGCCGCCGUCAGUUCUCUCCAUAUGCGGUUCAUAAACUCAUUGAAGGCCUUCCCAACCUCGAAUAUCUACAUUAUGAACCCUGGAGAUCGCCUAUGGAGUCAGAACAGGAGCGAAUUGACGCGGGGAACGCGCUGGUGUUUCUGUCCCACUCAGACACUAUCAAAUGCCUGACAUUAUUUGAGGACUUCAACGAAAACUUCAACCUGAGAUUCAGCCAGGACUAUCGCGACUACAAUCCUUCCCGACGCACCUUUUGGACACUAGGAGACGCUUUAGCGCUCGCAUGUUUUACCCUUGAACGACUCUCGGCUUCCUUUCUUGUGGAUGCAAAACAGUUCUUCGGAGGAUGCAUACCUGGAUGGACUGCGUUUAAUCUUGUCUCGUUAGCCCUGACUUCACAAACACUACAUUCUACCGAGAAUCCAGUCAAAAUCAACGAUUUGCUGAAUCAAGCGGGCAUUGCAACACAGAAAAUGCCCAAACUAAAGACCAUGGAGAUAUGGAAUGGCGGUCGAGGGCAUGGAUGCAUCUUUGGUUACUAUGUGACGGACAGUUCUACCACACUUUCCUGGAAGGCUUCGUGGGGUUUGAAGUUUCAACCGCGCGUCAUCGAGACUUGGAAAUCGGUAGCAGUCCAGCAUGACCUUGCACUUGAAGUGUCCCAGAUCCCAUCCUACACCAUCAAGUCCCACGCGGACGUUAUCAAACAUCUGAAAUUGAAGAACCACGUUCUUCAUCCCGUGUCUUUGCACCAGAUACAACAGGAGACCAAGGUUGAGGCAAUGCACGGUUGA